AUUCUCUGAAAAAUGACGACAAUUCAGACCCACUGCACGGAAAAUCUUCGUGGAAACUAUAACAGAAAGGCAAUACAGCAACUUAUCAAAGACAAAAUAAGUGAAGGGGCUAACAGGCGCCCUUUCUAUAUUGCCAACUUGGAUGACAUCGUUAACAAACACAAGCGCUGGGUGGAACUGAUGCCACGUGUCAAACCCUUCUACGCCGUGAAAUGUAACAACACUGAACCUGUCGUGAAGACCAUUGCGGCACUCGGGGCGGGAUUUGACUGCUGCAACAUUUCAGACAUUGAACAGAUUUUGAAGCUUGGGGUAGAAACUGAUAGGAUUAUAUAUGGCCACCCAGUCAAAGAUCCAGACGAUAUCAAAUCAGCAUCUGAAUUUGGAAUUAAUUUGAUGGUGUUUGACAAUGAGCAUGAAUUAGUCAAGAUUAAGAGUAUAAACCCUACGACAAACCUUGUAUUAAGGAUUUUACCAUUUGAAAGAGGCUCUGGUGACGUACUUGAUAAAAAGUACGGGUGCCUGGCCGAUCAAUGCGAAGAUCUCCUAAUGAAGGCAAAGAAAAUGGAUCUCAACGUGGUUGGUGUCAGUUUUCAAAUAGGUCGCUCCGGUUUCGAUGUCGAUUCCCACUUGGACACCAUAAUCUUUUGUCGUCGUGUCUUCGAUUUAGCUAAAACCAUCGGCUUCAACUUCAACUUCCUGGACAUCGGUGGUGGAUUCCCCGGUUAUUCAACCGAAGGCAACCCGACAUUCGCCGAAGGUGCAAAAAAAAUAAAUGAGACUCUGGAUGAAUAUUUUCCAGCUGAAGAAAAUGCUAAAGUCAUUGCGGAACCCGGGACCUACUACGUGCAGUCGGCGUUCACUUAUGUACUCAGAGUGAUUGGUAAACGGGUCUCGGAUCAUGUAUACGAUUACUACCUUAACGAUGGGGUACACGGCGCAUUCAGUAAGACAAUAACAUAUGAUAAGAAGGUUCCAGACUUCCGCCUGCUUGAGGACAAACCCUUGGUGCCUUUCCGUAAGAGCAACGUCUGGGGUUCAACACUCAACCCCGACGAUCGCCUGGGACAAAAUAUCCAAAUGCCCGAGCUGGACAUCGGAGACUGGCUGUACGUGCCCAACAUGGGGGCAUACACGACAGUCCUUGCCACCUCGUUUUGUGGGACGCCCUCUUCAAAUAUUAUCUGGAUGGCGUCCGAUUCAACUACCUCUUAA